AGAGAAUUGGAGGAAGAAGGAAGAGAAGAAAGGAAUGGCAUGAUAUUGAUGCUCAGCGUUCGCAUUUGACGUCAUAUAUUUGGUGGCCUUCAAGCCGAGUAGUUGGAGCUGAGCCGGCAUUCGGACACAGAAGGAGGCUGAUAGCUCACGCUACACGACAACAGACCAAUGGUACGACAGUCAGGGAGUGACGUUUUCCUGCCAUUCUCUGUCACUGUGUUCGUCUCUGCUUUCGUCUCACUGGUUGUUACAGUUUUCAGCCAACAGGCUGGUAUCGACGCUGUCAUGGUGUCCGGUGCUGUUCAUCGUGGCCAUUUUUGUCGGAGAAGCCUUCAGCUAUCUUUGUAGGCCCACAGAACAGACACUCGCACAUAACGCGGAAACACAUCCUCUGUCUGUUCUGUGGUGUGUGGCUGUGUGCGGUGCAGUCAUCUUCUGCUACAAGAUCUUAUGGCUGUACUACGCCAGGGUAAGACGCGCGCACCUGUACCUCCUUGCCUUGGUUCGUUCAUUCAAAUGUGCUGGCUGCUGUCUGUGCGUCCGUCCUUUGAAGGAGUGGCAGUCGAUAGUGGCCGGCGUCUUCUUCGCCCUUCUGUGGACGCUCGCUUUCUGGAGCUACAUCGCCGCCGCAUUCACACGUGUGUACGCACUCACGCAGAUAUCUAUCUGGCAGAUGGGUCUCUGUCCGUCUGUCUGUCUGUCUGUCUGCAGCCCCCGGGUUUCCCCCCGAGGCAUGGACGUACUGGGCGCGAUUGCGGCAGGAGGAGGCGCAGAAGCCGAUGCGGUCGUGGGCACCGGGGCACAUGGGGUGGUGCCAUAAGUGUACAGAUGUGCGGCCCGAACGGGCGCACCACUGCUCGGUAGGGAGGGAGGGAUAAUCACACAGCAGAGGAGAGAGAGUAUCGAUAUAUUGGUUGGCAUACAAAUGAAGGAUAUGCAUUCAUUCAUGUGCGUUUGUCGGUCGUGCAGGUGUGUGGUCGGUGUGUUAUGCGAAUGGACCAUCACUGUGUGUGAGGGGGGCGGGAAAGAAGAACCACUCAUGGAAAAGAGAGGGAGCCCACGGUGUUUGUCGGCCCCGUGUGUGUGUAUGAUCCGCGUGUAGGUCCAUGGAUCGGCAACUGCGUGGGGUUUACCAACCACAAGUAGGUAGCCAUGCGUCCGUCACACAGAUCUUUUUCAUGAAUGCAAUGCUUUGUGCUGUGUGUGUGUGUGAGGUUCUUCCUGCUGCUGGGUCUGUGGGGCUCGUUGGUGUGUAUAUAUGUGGUGGCCACCAGCCUGUCGACGUUCCUCGUGGCAUUCUCAGACAUCGGCCUGCUCAUCAAAAAAGCGGUAACACGCACACACAGGCAGACAGGCAGACAGGAAGGCGCAUGCACACGCGUCUACCGUGUGUGUGUGUGUGUGUGUCUGCAUUCCUCAUUGCUGCAUCCAGGGUGUUGGGUUGCUGUGGUGGAGUGGCUUCAUGCUCGGUGGGCAAUCGUGUGACAUAGUGCUCUUCUUUCUUAAGAGCCACACAUCAGUUCAUGUGUGUGGUGUUGUGUCGCAUUGGUCAGCAUGCAUCUUUGCCGCUGCCUUCGGCAUCGCUCUAUUCAUUGUAAGGCUAUCGCAUCAUCGCACCACACACAGACUGAUCCAUCCAAAGGAGAAGAAUCGUCACCAUUUCCCUUGGUCGCCUGGCCUGUGUGCAGCUGUUCGUGGGCCAUGUGAUCAUGGUGCUACAGAACUUUACAUCCAUCGAAGCGGGCUAUCCCGGAAAAGUACACAACAGACACACGCAGAGGCACUGGCCGAUUGACUCAUCAGCUGUCUCAACUCAACACCACCUGUCUGUCCUCUUCUUUCUUUCUGCGUUUCAGAAUCCCUAUAACGUCGGUUGGCGUCAGAACCUCGAGCAGCUGUUCGGCUCACCUGGUUUUGAUUGGCUCGUCCCCAUCCGGCCACGACGCCCACUCAGCGACGGCACGUCCUUCCCCACCAACAGCAGAUCCCACCCCACAUCGCCCAACGCCAUGCAGAUCCAUCCACACCCACACCCACACGCCAAUGCACACCAAGGUGAUGAUGAGCGGCCACAUGCGGCCGACACGGUCAUCCCCAUGCCGACGAGCGAGGCGUGGUGCGACGGCAGCCUCAGCAGCAGCAAGGGUGACAGGGAUGGGUCGCCGCAUGCGCGGUUGGGUCCAGGUGUGGAUUAUGCCGAGAGGGAGACGGUGGAUGGGUCGCCGGUUGGGGCGUCGAGCGAGGAGGGAGGGGUGGGGGUGGAGGGGAGGCGGGAGGUCAACGGGAGGACCAUAUGCGUGAGAUAGAUAGCCGCAGUGGCGGCGAUGGCGCUGUUUUUGGAGGGAGGCUUCUUGUCUUUGCGCGCGUGUCUGUAUGGGUGUAGACAUCUGAAUAUCCACGCAUGGCAGCACUGUUGGUCGGUGAAGUGUAGAUGAGAUGGGUCUUAUCGUCAGUAAAUGCC